AUGCAGGCCCACGUCCCGUUGAUUGAGAGCGGGACGAUGGGCUAUAAUGGACAGGUCCAGGCGAUUGCGAUUGGAAGCUAUGAAUGCUAUGAUUGCUAUCCACGACAGGCGGGUCGGCCGAGCUUUGCGGUCUGCACAAUCCACGCGCGACCAACUACAAUCGUACACUGUGUACACUUCGCGAAGGAACUCUAUGAGGCCUUGUUUGGCGAGAACUCCUUUUUAUGGGAGGCUCACCAUUUGUGGGAGGGAUCAGAAGUAGGGGAAGGGAAAGGAACUUCGAUGCGAGAAAACAAGGGGGAGACGAGAAGCACAACCCAGGAUGAGAGUAAACCUAAGAGUUCGACAACGCAGUUUACUGACGAAGAAAAGGGCGGUAAUUUUAGGUAUCUUCGCGAAGUUUUUUCUUGGUGGCCAUCCGUCGCCGCCAAGGUGAAUUCCCCUUUAUCAAUGCACAAGGAUCUCACUGUCAUUGAAGAUGAUGAUGCCUUGCAGCUGCACCACUUGGGUGAAAGGUUAAUAGAGCGGAUUUACCACGAUAAAGUCGAAGAGCUUCUCGAUAUGAAAUCCAACUGGCCGACUGCCCCGCCGGUUUCACUAAAAGUUGCUUUUAUUCGUUACGCCAGCGCGUUGUUUAGUGUGGAGGAUGUCAAAAAUGCUAUAAAGGCAUCCUCUUGCUCUUUUUCUGAUAACAAUACAAUGAACGAUGAAUCCCUCCCCUCUCCAAGCAUUAUUUCGCGGGAUUCUGUUUUGCCAACAACAGAUUCUAUUCGGUUGUUUAUUUCUGCCUGUGCGCGUUGUAUGUAUCGAAUAUAUUAUCGAAUGUGCAGUAGGGCUAAAGAAACCUCUUCUCUUUCUUCUACUGCUGACAACGGUGAUAAUGAGGACAUAUUUGUUGGCUUUUCGAAGAAUGACGACACUGCGGUGGAUUUUAUUGCUGCCGUUGCCAACCUUCGCGCGCAUGUUUUUCAUAUUUCAGUAGAAUCUGUCGAGGCUUUACGUACAAUCGCAGGGGCGAUCGUACCGGCAAUAGCCACAACAAAUGCGAUUGUUGCCGCAGGGGCUGUACAACAGCUUAUUAAAAUACUAAAGCAUUCUUCUAAAAAGGAAGAAAAGAAGGAAUAUUUACAGAAAGAAAAGCAAAGCUUUGGAUGCCAAAAUGUUUAUGUACGAAAAGUACCACAGAUUCGACGUUGUCGUAUGGAAGAGGAAAAAGCGCAAUAUCAAUCAUCGAUUUUGAAAAGCUACGAGGCAUUUUUCCCUUCUUCUUAUAAAAAUGUGCAUGCUAUUAAUAGCAGUUCCACUAAGCGCUAUCGUAUAGAUGACAAUGCGGGGGUGAUAAAUUCUUCAACGAGACAUUAUCUCGUCCAUACCGUGGAACCUCGUCCGCCGAAUCCACUCUGUGUAGUUUGUCAGCGGCUGGUGCCUGAGGUGCAUGUAGCUUUGGAUGUCGAGCACACUACUUUAGGGGAUUUCGUGAAGGAAAUAGUAGAGAAUAUUCUUCAGUUCGAGUGUCCAUCUGUCGCCUGCGGGACCUCUUUGAUUUACGAGGACGACGAUUAUGAGGAUUUGGCGGGUUCCCCGCUUUCUCUUUUUGCGCGUCCGAAGAUAAAGGAGUCUUUUUCUGAGAAUGAACGGGUUUUAAACGAAGGAUCCUUGCUAAGCACCCUCGCUUGUGAUGGAAUUAUGAAGGAUAUUGCUUCAGGGGGUGGGAAGGGUUGCGUAGAGGGAUACGCGCAGCUAGUGAUGUUGGUCGAUGGGAUGAACAAGGAUGUGGAAUGGCAGGUAAUUGUCGAGCAUGUCUUCCAUUCGACUGGUGAAUCGACUAACAACAUGGAAACUCCGACACCCCCUGGUUUGAGGUUUUCCUUGCAAGGCUUAGAGGAGGCUAAGGCGUGCGAGGCUGUUGCACUUUCAAGGCUCGAGGAAAAGAAGAGGGCUGAGAUCAAAGCUAAAGACGAAGAGGAUAAAGAAAAUAAACAUAUGGUUUCUGUCAAUUUCGAUCCUGAUAGCGUAGUGGAUGUGGAUUCAAGCCAAGGUAAAGACAUUGACGCCGGAAACGAUGGCUCUAUAGAUAUUGUAGAAUUGAGUUAA